UCGUUGCUCCUGCACAAGCCCCGGACCCCUAGCAGACAGCUGGACGGAUCCACGACGGUCAGACGCCCGGACGGACCCCCAGGAGCAGGUGAGAGAGAGGCCGCCAUGGACACGUUCAGCACGCAGAGCCUGGCCCUGAAGGCGCAGAAGAAGGUCCUGAGCAAGAUGUCCUCCAAGGCCAUGGUGGCCGUGUUUGCGGACGACACGAGCACGCAGGUGCUGGACGAGCUGUACCGGGCCACCAAGGAGUUCACGCGCAGCCGCAAGGAGGCGCAGCGGGUGCUGAAGGACCUGGUGAAGGUGGCGGUGAAGGUGGCGGUGGUGCUGCGGGCCGGGCAGCUGGGCGCGGACCAGUUGGCCCAGCUGGGCCACUUCCGGCGGCGCGCGCGCAGCCUGGCCAUGACGGCGGUCAGCUUCCAGCAGGUGGCCUUCACCUUCGAUCGCCGCGUGCUGGCCGCCGGGCUGCUGGAGUGCCGAGACCUCUUGCACCAGGCCACCGGGCCCCACCUCACCGCCAAGUCCCACGGCCGCAUCAACCACGUGUUUGGCCACUUUGCCAACGGGGACUUCCUGGCGGCGCUGUAUGGGCCGGCCGAGCCCUACUGCUCCCACCUGCAGCGCAUCUGUGAUGGGCUGGGCCGCAUGCUGGACACUGACAGCAUCUGAACUCCGCCCCCCGGCCCCCUGUCCUCCCGGCCUGCGACUCAGCACCCAGCACCUCGACUCAGCACCCAGCACCUUCCCCUCCCAACCCUCUCUGACCCAUCUUUGAGCCAGAGAUACAUGCUAGAGAGCCCAGGCUGGCCCAGAUGGAGGUCAGUAUAUCCCCCCACCCCAAGCAAGGGCCGGAGUCACAGGCCUGGCCACCCCACCCGCUGUUGGGCCCCCCGAUCCAGCCUUGACCUGAGUCUUUACGCCAGGGGAAUGUUGGACGCACACAUGCGCACUGAGAGACUGGCCUCCACGAGGAGAGACUGAGGAAGACCCGGCCUCCACCUCCAGCCUCAGCCUCAGCCUCCAGCCUGGAGCUAGAGUCAGCCUGAUGUUCUGAGGCCUUCACUUUGUGGGGGCUCUGUCCCCACCCCGACCUCAGGGAAUGGCUGAAUGAGCCCCGUGGGACACUGGGGGAGGGGUGCGGCCUGUUGGCGAGGGUUCCCCGACUUGCCUGGAAAUGGGAAGUUGGGACUCGGGGUGGUGGUGGGCUCCGCCACGGUCACCCACGGUGCCAGUGACAGGAGAGGCCUCAGCCUCCUGAGGUGUGUGCGUCCCUGGAAUUAUAACGGCAC